CGGAGCACUGUUUGGCGCUGCCUUUUGAGCCUGGGCUGGGUCGGCGGAGGGGCGGCCGCGGUGCACCGGGCGUCUGCGGAGGAGGUGGGGGCUGGCUCAGGCAUGAGGAGAGUUGCGUGGCUUUAGUGCAGUGGGAUGUGUAGGCGGGGUGCCGCCGGCAGGCUGAUGGGGGAGAGGAGCACCCUGUAAAACGGGGUGACGGCCGCGACCAGCCCGGGCGGGGACCGGGACUGGAAGAGCGCCCGAGCAGCCGGCUGGUCCGGACGCUGCGCUGGGCCGGGGGCGCGGGCCGAGAGACUUAGGCCGAGCUGCGCCUGCCGGGUUGGAGAGACAAGCAGGGGUCGUCUUUGCGUUUCAGAGAGAGCUGGAGCGGGCUGAGAGAGGUUUGAAGGGAUCAUUGGAAGUGGCCGGAAGUGAAAGGCUGGCAGCGGGCCCUAGUGCACGGUACCGAAAGAAUCGGGGAGUGAAAAGGGAAGUCUGUGCAAGUAACUGAAGGGACUAGAUGAGAAAAAGAAGGUUGGUGUAAGUGCAAGAGUGAGGCGUGGCUGGAUCCCAGGGUCUAGGGAAGAGGGUGUGUGUAAGUGCAGAGAAGGGAGAGGGAAAGCCGUGGAAGUGGCUGGGGCCCGGGGCCGGAGGGGUGCCAGACCUGGCCGGAAAGCAGAGGAGCGGAGCUCUCACCUGAGAGUGUUGGGGAACUGGAAGACUUGGUGGCGAACAAGAGUCAGAACCCAGAUCUUGCCCCGGAGAGGGCACGACGCGUCCAGGAUGUGGGAUCAGAGGCUGGUUAGAUUGGCGUUGCUGCAGCACCUUCGGGCUGCCUAUGGUAUUAAGGUCAAGGGUGGCCGUGGGCAGUGCGAUCGCAGGAAACGUGAACCAACAGCCACUGAAACAGGGGGUAAAAUAUUUGGAGUCCCUUUUAAUGCCUUGCCCAAUUCUGUUGUACCAGAAUAUGGACACAUUCCAAGCUUUCUUGUGGAUGCUUGCACAUCUUUAGAAGAGCAUCUUCAUACCGAAGGACUUUUUAGGAAAUCAGGAUCUGUUAUUCGCCUAAAGGCGCUAAAGAAUAAACUGGAUAAUGGUGAAGGUGGCCUGUCUUCUGCACUCCCUUGUGAUAUUGCAGGACUUCUUAAACAGUUCUUUAGGGAAUUACCAGAGCCUGUUCUCCCAGCUGAUUUGCAUGAAGCACUUUUCAAAGCUCAACAGUUAGGACCAGAGGAGAAGAACACAGCUACGUUGUUACUUUCCUGCCUUAUGGCUGAUCAUACAGUUGAUAUAUUAAGAUAUUUCUUUAACUUUCUCAGGAAUGUUUCUCUUAGGUCCAGUAAGAAUAAGAUGGAUAGCAGCAAUCUUGCAGUAAUAUUUGCACCAAAUCUUCUUCAGACAAGUGAAGGACAUGAAAAGAUGUCUGCUAACACAGAAAAAAAGCUACGAUUACAGGCUGCCGUAGUGCAGACCUUUAUAGAUUAUGCCUCAGAUAUUGGACGAGUACCAGAUUUUAUCCUGGAAAAGAUACCAGCUAUGUUGGGUAUUGAUGGUCUCUGUGCUACUCCAUCGUUGGAAGGCUUUGAAGAAGGUGAACAUGAAACCCCCAGUGAGUGUAAGAGAAAGCGAAGACAAAGUGUUGGAGAUUUUGUUAAUGGAGCACUAAAUAAACUUAAAUCUAACAGAACGCCUGCUGUUACACCUCAGCAGGAUGGAACCGCCCAGCUGUCUGUAUCCCCAAUGAUUCUCACACCAAAUGCUAAGCGUAAACUGCCAGUAGAUUCUUCUCAUGGUCUCUCAAGUAAGAAAAGGAAGUCCAUCAAGCACAAUUUUAACUUCGAGCUGUUGCCAAGUAAUCUCUUCAGUAGCAGUUCUACACCACUUUCAGUUCACUGUGACACAAGCCCAGAAGGGUCAUCUCAGAGUUCACUCUCUCCUGUUGCCAUCAGUGGCAACCAUUUGAUCAGUGCAGGUGUGCUAAGGCGAAGUAAAAGAAUUGCAGGCAAAAAAGUUUGCAGGGUGGAAUCAGGAAAAGCAGGCUGCUUCUCUCCUAAAAUCAGUCGUAAAGAAAAGGUUCGAAGAUCUCUUCGUUUGAAAUUUAGUCUGGGGAAAAACAGAGACCCAAAUGGAUGUUCUGGUGUCAAUAGAUAUGAGAAUGUUGGUCGGAGACUUGCAAAUCAAGAAAGUUUAAAAAAUAGGAUUGAAUCUGUAAAAACAGGCCUGCUUUUUAGCCCAGAUAUUGAUGAACAAUUACCAAAGAAAGGUUCAGUAAAGAUCAGUAAGUCUGAGGAAAACUUAGUAACUCCAGAGCGACUAGAUGGAAGAAGUUACCGGAUGUCUUGGACAGGACUUAGCAGUUCAAGUUUUCAAGAAAUGGAUGCAAAUGAAGCUUCUCCAAGAAUGGGAAAUCUUGAAGUGCAAAACUUUUCUUUGGAGCCUGAAAUUACAGUUGAAAAGUCACCUGGCAUAUGCUGUGAACAUGCCCCUUCCACUUCACUCAGCAAAACUAAUAGCAGUGUAGCGGAAAGCUCCCUUAGUGGCGAUGAAAAUAACCUGACCUCGGAGACUUUGGUGAAGAUCCAGAAAGCCUUUUCUGAGUCUGGAAAUAAUCUUCACGCACUGAUAAGUCACAGGCAAUCAUCGAUAACUAAUGUGGGAAAAGAAAAAAUAAAUGAAGCAUCUUAUGGAGAAUGUAAGUCAGAGGGAAAUCUACUUGAAACUAAUGAUUUGACUGUGAGAGAAUCAGAGGAAAGUUAUGAAAACUAUGCUGUUAAAGAUGAAAGUUGUUUUUCAGAAAGACACUUCUCACCACAUCCAACUCAAAAGUUUGGUGGAGAAACAACUAUAAAAUGUUACUCAACUCAGAUGAAGGUAGAACAUCACAGACACAUUCGCUCAGAUAUACAGAAAGAUAAUCUAGUACAACAGGAAUUACCUGUUGCUGUACAAGUUAAGGACGAGCAGUCCCCAAAAGAUAAACUAAGUACUUGGUCAAAGGAGAAUGAGAAUAGGUUUGAAGAGAACUUAGUGAAAUGUGCAGCUCCCAGAGAGGACGAGGCGAAAUCCUCUUCCUCUCUGCAGAGUACACGUAAUGUAACAAACCUGUCAAAACCUAGGCCUGUGAGAAUUGCUAAACAGCAGUCACUGGUGGGAACAUGCAAUAAAACGGUUUCUGAAAGUGUACAUGUGACAGAGCAUGGGAAGGUUUCAGAUCACAUACAGUGGUUUAAUCAGCUGUCAUUAAAUGAAUCAAAUAGAACAAAAGCAAAGUCACCCCUUAAGUUCCAUCGUACUCCUGUCCGGCAGUCUGUUAGAAGAAUUAACUCUUUGUUGGAGUAUAGCAGACAACCCGUAAGGCAAAAGUUGACUUACCUUGGUGAUGCUGCUUCUCCACUGGUGAAAUCAAUGAGCUGUGACAGCGCUCUUCCCUCUUGUACUGAAAAUACAUCAAAAGAAUCUUCUAUUUCAUGUACCAGAUUAGGUCCUAGAGAACAGAAGUCCAUAAAGAUGAAGAGGCAUCCAGAUUCUGGGAAUGCUUCUCUUGGGUCUACUAAAGUUUGUAAGCCAGAGGUGAUACCUGAUGGUCAAGUUAAGGUUCCCUUGGAGGACCUGACCAAUCAUGAUAUAUUAACGUCUGUUGUGAAGAAUGAUAUGGGAUUUUCUCCUGGGAUGAAAAACAGAGUCCUUAGGAAACCAUCAGAAAGGGAAAGAGCUUGGUACAAAGGUUCUCCAAAAUGUCCUAUAGCAAAGGCUCAACUACUGCCAACAAGCAAACCUAUAGAUUUGUGAUUGGCAAAUGCUGUACUUAUCAUGAAUGUAAAUAAAAUUAGUAGUUGGUGAUCCGACUUGCAGGAUAAUGUACACAGUAGCUUGUGGUGCAGGAUGAUUACUAAGCAAUGGGUUUUCUCUGAAAACAUCUUAAUAUCUCUGCACAUAUCAUUACUUUGCUUUUCUUAAUUAUGGCAGUAUUUAAACAAUUUUUUGUGAUCUCUUAGAGGUUACAGACAGUGUUGGCUGGAUUUUUAAAAAAGUUUUUAAAAACUACAUGAUUUCCACUUUGUAUGUGUGAGAGGAAGAGUGAAGCCAGUUUUGUCUACUUAUUUCUCCAGGUCAUGUAAGGUUUCUUGUAAAACCUACAGUGUAAAGGGAAAGAAUAAGCCCCGCAGAUCUUGCCUUCAAUUAUAUGAAUUCAUUGUAUUUACCAAAAUCCCUAGAAAGUAAAUUGCUUUAAUAGUCUAAUACUUUAUUCCUGUUUGAGGCAGAAUAUUUUUUUUCAUGUCUCCUGUUCCUGUCCAGUGUGUUUACUUGAACUAAACAACGGCUAAAGCAGAAUGAUCAUGAAAAUGUGCUCUUAUGAUGUAGAAGUAAUUGAUUACUUUUAAGCCAUACUAUGUUCUUAAAGGUAAUUUGCACGGAUGCAUGUGUUUGUGUUUUGUUCAGUAUAGAAAUGAAAUUAUUUAAGGAGGACUAGUUAAACUUGAAAAAAAUUAAGGUGAUUUUUUUCUAUGCAGAUGCUUGAUUUUAGAACUUGAAUAGUUGAUACACCUCUGUACAUUUUACUCAGAUAAAAACUUACCAUGGUCUUGUGUGUAAAUGUUAUUUAUUUAGUGAAGACAUUAAAGAUAACUUUCUGGAAAAUCA